AUGGAUCAGGCUGAAACCUCAGGCGCGCCAUCUGAGGCAUUAAACCACAGCAAUUCGACUGCAACUUAUGUCUACCGGCCUGUCGAGUCUGCUCGCACCAUACGAUUGCUCGAACUGUAUCAGGGCGCGCACAACGAUCCGCUGCGAGGAAAUCUCUUCCACCUCGGUCUAGAUGACACCUCAGACGAAGACUCGAGCCCUUCGUGGCCUAACGUAUGGUUGGACGAGGAAACCAAGCACACUGCUACAUCGUACGAAGCUUUAUCAUAUGUCUGGGGCCCGCCGUCCUAUACCCACUCGCUGAGUUGCGUCGAAGGCACCAUCCCCAUAACACCCAGCCUUGACGAAGCCCUACGACGAAUCCGAUUUGAGAAUCGCCAUCGAAUAGUGUGGGCUGAUGGUGUCUGCAUUAAUCAACAUGAUAUUCAAGAACGAGGACACCAAGUGAAACUCAUGGGGGUUAUAUACGACAGAGCGACGAAGGUGCUCGUAUGGCUUGGACCUGACGCUGGAAAUCGUGCCCGCGAGUCCUUUGACUAUUUCAAAGGUUAUCAUUCACACAUCAACGAUACAGGAGACCGUCUCGUACUCGACAUGGUACGGUACUGUCAGUGGUUUGAACGCCUGUGGGUAGUACAAGAGGUGGCUUUAUCUCGCUCUGCUGUCGCUAUGUGGGGAAAUGAAGAGAUGGAUUUCGGACCAUUGGCAGAAGCAAUCCUAGACUACGAUAAGCGCUUACCGAAACACACACUAUGCGCGGCGGAUAAUUACGCCAAGCGUCGAAGCGUAGCCCUCGGGACACCUAUUGAUAUAUUAGCUUCGGCGAGAGGUUUGAAAUGUGCCGACGAUCACGAUAGGGUAUACGCGCUAUUAGGAUUCUCAUCGCUCAGCCCCCGCUACAUGAGGAAGAUGGAUAUGGCCAUUGAGCCAGACUAUACCCUACCUCUGCACGACCUGUAUUACGAGGUCGCGAUACGGGCCAUAGAAGGCGGUGCUUUCAGCGAACUCUUGACGCAAGUUGAUCAUGGUGGUGUCUUGGCAAGAUGGCCCACGGGUCUCCCUUCAUGGGUCCCCGAUUGGAGAAAGUCCAUAGCACUACCUCCUCGCAUCGAUCUCGGCCGUGUUACGCCAUCGAUCAAUAAGGCAACCGCAAGCCUUAACAUAACCGGAUAUUGUUUCGACGUGCUACUUAAAGGGCCGUAG